CAAUGUCUCAAUCUAACAACCCCAAAAUGCAUUCCUCCGCCACUUCCCUCCGCCACCUUCCGCCGCUCAAGAGAUUCCGACUCAUUCAACAACAACAAACACACCAAAAUCACUUUUCUGACUCUUCCCCUUUACCCGCCAAAAAACGCAGAGAAUCGAGAACCCCUUCUCCUCCUUCCCCCCUUCACAACUUCUCCCUCCCCGCCAAAAAACGAGUGUGGGCCCCACGCCCCCAAACUCCUCCUUCCUCAAACGACAUCGUUUCCCCUCCCCAGCCCUCCUCUGACGACGCCGCACCCCCCUUUGAUCUCAACAUCGAAUACAACCCCAACCUCGGAGAAUCCGAAAACAACGCGGCCGACGAUGACGACGGGGUUUUGUGCUGUGUGUGCCAGAGCACGGACGGGGAUCCUGCCGACCCAAUCGUGUUCUGCGACGGGUGCGACCUCACGGUGCACGCCUCCUGCUACGGCCACCCUUUGUCGAAGGGAGUCCCCGACGGCGACUGGUUCUGCGAACGGUGUCGUGUCGGGGAAGGCAAGAGCGGCACGCGCUGCGCGCUGUGUCCCGCGAGUGAGGGCGCGAUGAAGCGCACCGCGGACGGCGCGUGGGCGCACGUGGUGUGCGCGCUGUUCGUGCCGGAGGUGUUUUUCCAGGACCCAGAAGGGAGGGAGGGGAUCGACUGCUCCAUGGUUCCGAGGAAGAGGUGGUCGCAAAGGUGCUACCUUUGCGAGUGUUGUGACGGUUGCGGUCUGGUGUGCUCCGAGCCAAAGUGUGGGUUGGCGUUUCAUGUGACAUGCGCGCUGAAGGAGGAGCUUUGGAUUGAGUACAAGGAAGGGAAGAAAGGGGGCACCAUUGUUGCUGGCUUCUGCAAAACCCACACCCAGAUUUGGGAAAAGCAACAGCAAUCUGGGAAGUACAAGAUUGUCCCUCUUGAAGAUGAAAAGUAGGAAAAUUUUCUGAAGUUAUGUUGGUCGGUUAACGAAUCUUAGGAAAUUCAAAGUUAGUUAUUUUGGAGAUCAUUUUGAAUAUGUUGUAAUUUUAGUUUGAAUAGGUUAUAGCAUGUUUCUUUUUGUAAGUGUUCUAAGUUUUUAGAUGAAGAUUGUGGACCACA